AUGGCCGCCGCCAUCACCGCCGCCGUCACCGCCCUCCUCACCCUCCUGCUGGGCCGCGGCGCCGCCGAUUGUCCUUCCACUACCUGGAUUGAAUUCAGAAGCAACUGUUACGUUUUUCUUCAAGGAACAGUUGACAUAAAAAAUAUAGAGGAUGUCAGGGAGCAGUGUACAGGCCAUGGAGCUGACAUUAUCAGCAUACAGACGAAAGAAGAAAAUACUUUUGUCCUGAAAAGUUUUGAAACACAUUGGCAAGGCCCUGAUUAUGUCUUACUGGGCAUGUUUUAUGACACAGAUGAUAAAAGCUUUAAGUGGUAUGACCAAUCCAACAUGACAUUUUCCAACUGGACUGACGAGGAAGCUGGGGAGGAACUCAUAGAUACUUGUGCAUUUUUGCACACCAAGUCAGGUAUAUGGAAAAAAGGAAGUUGCGAAGUUUCUUCUUUGGAGGGGAGCCUCUGUAAAGCAGCUGUUUCUUACAAAAAGAGAUAUUUACCAGAGAAGCAUGUUUCCGUAACAUUUUUGGUGAUCACCGGUACCAUAAUUUUGGCAGUUGCAGGAGCAACAGUUUGGUUCCUACACAAAAGAAACUUGUUUUCUAACCUACCAUCUUCUGGUUCCACAGCUUUACCACAAACUCCUUAUAGCGAUGACUGUGUUUUAGUAGAGGCAGAGGAAAAUGAAUAUUUUGUAUGAGUUUAUAUUAGUAAAAGUGUUCUAAUCCUUCAAAUUUGAGAAGAAAUUAGCAUUUUCUUCUCCAUAAACCUAUCCUUUUUACUUACCUAGAACCUAAGGAAUUAUUUCUAUUUCAUCAUUAGUCAUUACUAGAGAAAUUCAAUCCCAAACGAUUAAAGGACCUUUCUUUUCAGCAUCUACCUAAGCUAGCCCCUUAAAAGGCGGUAUUUACAUUAGCUUUGUGGUUUGAUUUUUUAAAACAAGGUCAGAAUAAACAUCAGGUCAUAUAGUGCCCCCAGGGUGCAUAGCACUGUGUGAAGUGCAAAAGAAAAAAUUCUGUAAUUAAGUUGUGUACAUAUGUAAUUACAAUAAUGAUUUGAGGGUAAUGA